UCUCUAGCUAGUGGUAGAUGUAAAUUUUUUGCCACCAAGGAAGCAUAAUAUAUAUGUGAUCUUUUUGGAAGUUGGUUAAAUUUUGACACAGAUACAAACAGAGCAAAAUGAGGGGAAAUCGUCCCGUGGAGCUCCCAGAAGACUUCUGGAUUCCCAUCCCUCUUGACACUAACAACAUCACCUCUCUCAGCCCUUUCUUGGUUCCCCAGGACCAUCUAGGGACCACAGGCAUCUUUUAUGGCAUGUCAGCGUUUAUGUUUUUCUUAUUUGUGGCAGGCACCGCCAUCAAUACCCUCACUAUUGCAUGUACUGUCCAAUAUAAGAAGCUCCGCUCCCACCUCAACUACAUCCUGGUGAACUUGGCCGUGGCAAACCUGCUUGUCUCCUCUGUGGGUUCCUUCACUUGCUUCUACUGCUUUGCCUUCAGAUACAUGAUCUUUGGUCCACUGGGAUGCAAGAUUGAAGGAUUUACAGCUACUCUUGGUGGUAUGGUGAGCCUAUGGUCUCUUGCAGUGGUAGCUUUUGAGAGAUGGCUGGUCAUUUGCAAGCCACUUGGUAACUUUGCAUUCAAGCCCCACCAUGCUUUAGCCUGCUGUGCAAUCACUUGGGUCUUUGCUCUGGCUGCUGCACUUCCGCCACUGUUUGGGUGGAGUAGGUACAUCCCGGAGGGCAUGCAGUGCUCCUGUGGACCAGACUGGUACACCACAGACAACAAGUUCAACAACGAGUCCUACGUGAUGUUCCUCUUCUGUUUCUGCUUUGCUGUUCCCUUCUCUACCAUCGUCUUCUGCUACUCCCAGCUGCUUUUCACACUGAAAUCGGCAGCAAAGGCCCAGGCCGACUCCGUCUCCACCCAGAAGGCAGAGAGGGAGGUGACCCGGAUGGUGGUGGUCAUGGUGCUGGGCUUCCUGGUGUGCUGGAUGCCCUACGCCUCCUUCGCUCUCUGGGUCGUGAACAACCGCGGGCAGACCUUUGAUCUGAGACUGGCCACCAUACCCUCCUGCCUGUCCAAGGCGUCCACAGUCUACAACCCGGUUAUCUACAUCCUCCUCAACAAACAGUUCCGUUCAUGUAUGAGGAUGAUGCUGGGGAUGAGUAGCGGCGAGGAAGAGGAAUCAUCAACAACUCAGUCGGUCACUGAAGUCUCCAAAGUUGGACCUGCUUGAGCUGCAACACCCAGAUUUUGUCAUUGCUGCCACACCGCUGACUUG